AUGUCCUCCCCGCGCGACUCACGGCCCUUCACCCACCAUACGCCCCCAGCCAGGCCCCCAUCGACGCUGCCGAUGCCUGGUGAAACGACGAUUGUGAUCCCGAUUCCUUGUAUACUGAGAUAUAAACGCGGCAACGGUCCUUCGCUCCGACGGAUCACCCUCCAGCCCGUGCACGACUCGACCGCGUACAUUGUCGAGCGAAUCUUCCUCCCACCGAAAGGCACAGGGCGGGAUGGGCGAGAACUACCGAAACGACCUGGAUACAUCAUUGGGUGGACGGAUUUACCAGCUGCCAGGAAGGUUGUCACAGCGCGAGAUGUCCUGACAUAUGUGUCGCCUCGCAAACUAGAGGAGUGGGAGAGCUCAUUUGAGGAGGAACUGAAUGCCGAACGGAGGGAGCUCAAGGCGGCGAAAGAAAGUCGAGUACAAGGGCUGGAGAAGCCUGCCGGCAAGAGAAGAGGUCGAGCGCCAAAGCAUGCGGGCAUUGAGAGUGCGGCUGCUGUGGUGGACGAGGACAGCGAUCAGCCAGCUGGCUCUGCCAUGGCGGUAGGCGGCGCGAUGCUCGCGACACCGAGGAGGAAGGCAAAAGCGCAGCCAUUCGACGACCCAUGGGGAGAUGAACCAAGCCGGGAGGCUACGGAGCUACCCACAGAAGAUACGGACACUUCGGGGCGGAACCAUGGGUUGCUGGGUGAAGAAGCUGCGGACGAUGGGAAAGCUGCUUCAGCUACCAAUAUUGAAGGACAGACCGUGAGCCAGCAAGGAGUCGAGGAUGACAGCGACGAGGAGGACGAAGAGUUAUCGACACGAGCGCUCGCGCGCGAGCUCUACCGGAGAGGGGUGGAAGCUAUGAGCCAAGCUGUCGGGCUGAAUGGUGCUCGCGACCAGCAGGUAGCUGUCGAGGACGACGAGGACGACGACAAGGCCGAAUUCUACGAUGCGCCUGAGACGGCCGACGACGCAGGCAAUGAGAUCAAGCAUGAGGCGGUCGAUGUGGAAUCGCAAAUUGGGCGUGUACCGAUCAGUACUCUGCCCAGUGUCGAGACGACGCAGGCUCAGACAGCAACGCCGGCUGACACCAACGGCGCGGCCACUAUGGAACGACCGCACCACCAGUCGGGUUACCCGCAAUGGGUUCCUGUCGGGUCAUCAAAAAAGCUAUCACAAGCUCAUGGACUGGCGGCACAGUCGACCUCACAAUCCUCCGCCUCGCCCAGGCUGCCUCCUCGCUCUGCAGAACAAGGCUCAUCGUCGGCUAAGAAGAGCAAGUCAAGAGGCAGUCUCGAUAUGAAGACACCAAGGCACAAAGCGCGCAAGCCGUCCAAGUCCUCCCCCGCGUCCGGGAGCAAGAAGAGAGCAAAGUCCACGCCCCGACCGAGGUCCUCCGCCGCCCAGACCCCCAUCCUCGUCAACGGCGCCCAGGAGUGGGUCGUCAAAGAGAUCCUAGACGACGAGACGUACCAGGUCGAAGACCGUGGGCUGGUGCGGUAUUUCCAGGUGCGUUGGGAGGGGGACUGGCCACCAGAUCAGAACCCGACGUGGGAGCCGGAGGACAACCUGCCCGCGCUGCUGGUGAAGCGUUACUUUAAGAAGAGCUACUCGCGGCUCCCGCCUGCGGCGCGCAAACGGAGGCGAGAAAGGGCGUUGCUGAGGGCGAGUGGGAGUGCGCACUUUGUCAGUGUCGGGGAUGCCUUUGCCGGGGAGCUGGGCGAGGCGGAUGCCUCUCAUGACGCGGGGAGCGGAGGCACUGGGACGGCUGAGUAUGGGAAUGGACGUGAGUACGAGCAGGACGAGCCUAUGGUCGUGGACGAUGCCGGUUCGCCGCACAAUGCCGGUUCGCCGCACAAUGCGAAGCGACCACGAUUCAGUUUCGACAUGAGUGGAGGCGUGGUCGUGGGACCAUGGGGAGGUCCCAACUCUUGA